AGUUUCACCCUGCUUCUCCUCCUUCGAGUACCGCAGACGAGCACCAACUCAACAAGCAGGGGAUUUUCCUCGGAAGCGCUUAGCGGACCGGAGACCGCGGGUUUACUGUCUCGUAAGGCCAGGGAAGCCUCCAACGUCCUCCGCAUAGGUGAGUUGUGUUGCCAAGAUCAGAUCAUGCUUUGCAACGCUGCGGACAAUGCUGAUUUCAUUGAUAACUAA